CGGUUGCUGACAGCAUGAUAGGUCACUACUAGACAGCAUCUAAGUCCAGGUAAGUUCUUCUCUCCCCUAGUAAUGCUAACCUAUGUGCAGGGAAGAUGAUUCUCACCGUAGCCUUAAUGCAGCUCUAUAUACAAGAAAAAUCCAAUCUAACAACGGUAAGCCGUUUGAUUUUUUGCUAAGAGUGAACAGGAAAUGGAAGCAUAAGGGCCGAACAGUACCAGGUGAGUCUAGGCCAACCUUUAAUUAUGCUUACUGUGGACAGGCUGUGUGGUCGAGCUCAUGUAGGACGGGUUCGUAUGAUCGUCGAUCUGUCCAAGAAUCACAGCUCAGUGAACAGGUCAGAUACAAGGUGAGUUCUUCUGCCCCAUAAAGCCGCUAAGGUAAGUGUAGGGAAUCCCACAGCCCUAGAGAUGCUAUCAGCUGUCAGUG